GCAGCACCUUAUCACAACUAACGUAAACAACAUGGACGCCACCGCAAAUAAAUUAGGCUAGAGAAACAAAUUUAAACAUGAGUAGACCAGAUAGAAUUAAAGACCCUCUUCCCAUUUUGGGAGAAGAUGGCACAGUCUUUCAGUACGGUGAUUAUAAAAGAAUGCCGCCCCAGAAUCAAAGCAGUUCUCAGAGCAGAAGGACCCCAACCCCUACCAAACAGGUUAGUUUACGGUCAGUCAGCAGAAGAGAGGAGGAUUCACAAGGAUAUGAAGAAACUAUAGACAUGGAGGAAUUGAGGCAGUCACUGAGUCGAGAAAAUUCAAGAGUAUUUGAACCUCAAGUAGAAGAAGAAAAUAUUCAAGGAGCAAAUUCAAAAGUAUCAAGAAAGGGUCACAGUUAUAGUAAUAAUGAUGGGAACAAGAAGCCUCCUUUCGUUGUGUCCUCCAGUGCAUCAAUACCCCCGCCGAAGCCUGUGAAAGCUCUUCCCAAACCCAAAGAGAAACCACCCCCUGAGGGCGCCACUGGUGGGGAGGAGUCUGAGGACAGCAGUGAUAGUGAUAGUGACAGUGAGGAGGAGGAGGAACGGAGGGCUCCAAGUCAGCUCCUCAUGGAGUUUCUAGAAUGUUUAAUGAAGAAGGAAUACGUUGUAGCUGCCAAGUUGUGUAAAAUGAUUUUGAUAUAUGAGCCCAGUCAUCCUACAGCCCUACAGUUCCAGCCAGUUCUAGAGGAAAAAAUUCUAAUAGAACAAGAGAAAGAAAACGAAUCAGGGAGUGAUGAAUCAGGAGAUGAGAACGAUGAAUCAGAUGAUAGUGGUGAAGAUUCGGAUGAUGAAAGCGAAGAUUCAGAUAGUGAGGAGGAGGAGGAAGAAAAUGAUGAUCGAGAAAAUGAAGAGGAUAGAAAUAGUGCCGACGAGUUCUUUGAUGAUUUUAAACAAGAUUCAGGUAUUGCAUCAGCAUCAUCAGACUGAUACUGGGAACAAUGGGACCAUCAUGUGACUUAUUUGGAGAGGCGGCUACGUGUUACAUAUUGAUGGGGAUCACAAGAUUUCAUAAAGAAAAAAUGGAUUAGUGGGCUUGCCUUUGCUGGAAAAAGAUUGUGCCAAAUAUUUUUUUUUCAGUAUUUCCCUCAAAUGUAAAAUGUUUAUGGAAAAGUGACAUUUUAUUGAUAUUAUGGAAAUCAAUAAACAUUCUGUAAUAUUCCGUCCAAUUGUAUCAAAAAAUUGCCUUUUUUCAUUGUAAUUUUAUGCUAUUGUCAAUUAUUGUUUCAUUUUUAAUAAAUCCUGUUUGAAUAA